AUUAGUUUGUAUAUUGCAUUUUUUACUGAGAUUUUUCCCUAUUUCCUUGUAUUUCAGGGACAGAUAUUUGAAACCUACAAUAUGGCUGCCUUAUGGAAGCUGCCCUGUAUCUUUAUUUGUGAAAAUAACAGAUACGGCAUGGGGACCUCUGUGGAGAGAGCAGCAGCAAGCACAGACUAUUACAAACGAGGAGACUACAUCCCAGGUCUUCGAGUUGAUGGUAUGGAUGUUCUGUGUGUUCGAGAAGCCACUAAGUUUGCAGCUGAUCACUGCAGAUCUGGAAAGGGUCCAAUUUUAAUGGAGCUUCAGACUUACCGUUAUCAUGGACACAGCAUGAGCGAUCCUGGUGUAAGUUAUCGUACCAGAGAAGAAAUUCAGGAAGUAAGAAGUAAAAGUGAUCCGAUCACCCUUCUCAAGGACAGAAUGUUAAACAACAACCUGUCUAAUGUGGAGGAAUUAAAGGAAAUUGAUGUGGAAGUACGGAAAGAGAUUGAGGAAGCUGCUCAGUUUGCUACCACCGACCCUGAACCUUCACUAGAAGAAAUUGCCAAUCACAUUUAUCGCAAUGAUCCCACGUUUGAUGUCAGAGGAGCAAAUCUCUGGAUCAAAUACAAAUCCGCCAGCUAAAUCUCUUCAGUCCUCCUCUGGUCAAUGUUACCUGUUACUUUAAGGGCAUUUUAAUGGGUGCUGGGUUAUGUUUACUCCUCACUGCUGGGUUGAAGACGCACUGCAAUUCUUCAUGUCCCACCAGUAACAUCAUCCACUUUAGACUUUGUUUUAAUACAUAAGGACUUGGCAUGUGUAUGGAUAAGAAGAAAAUGCCUUAAUGUUUUCAGACCGAAAGCAGAUCUGCAUCCAUUUUAGUUCAGUGUAAUCAUUAGAGAGAACUCGUGCUUCAGGAGACCCCCUUUUCUUCCAUGGUUUUCUUUCUGAUUCUGGCUGGGCAAAGUUCUCUUAUAAUGUAAGUUAGAAGCUCUGCCUUCUUCAGAUGAAAUGUUAUAUAUUUAUAGGAUCCUGAACUUAAAGUCUUGCCAUUUAUACAUGUGCUGAAACAUUUAUUAUUCCGUUUCAUUAAAACUGACCUCAACACAA